AUGGAUUUCAACAACUCAAAAACCAACUCACCUUCCUCUUCUAAAAACAAAAGAAAGCAGCAUCAGCAGCAACCUCAACAGCAACAAGAAACAAGAUUCUUGGGAGUACGGAGGAGGCCAUGGGGCCGAUACGCAGCCGAGAUAAGAGACCCUUCCACAAAAGAAAGGCAUUGGCUUGGCACCUUUGACACUGCCGAGGAAGCUGCCUUAGCCUAUGACCGUGCCGCUCGUUCCAUGCGUGGCUCCAAGGCUCGAACCAACUUUGUUUAUUCUGAUAUGCCAGCUGGCUCUUCCGUCACCUCCAUCAUCUCCCCUGACGAAUCACAGCAUGACAUGUCAUCCAUUUUUACCAUUAAUCCCCCUUUCCACCAACAAAACGAUGCUAACCAGAACCACCUUUUCUUCACUCAAGACCCUUUCAGUGCAUGCCAGUUUUCGUCCGGGUUACCCGCUGGUGACGGGUGGACCCAAGAUAGUGAUACGGUGGGGUCUUACAGGCCCAUUACUGGUGUCAUGGAUGCUGGAAAUGGUGGUUCUCAACAUUUCAGCGAUGACUCUGAGCUGCCACCUUUGCCUCCUGAUGUCUCCUCCACCUGUUACGGGUCUGGAAGUGUUGGACCAGAUAUGGGUUAUGGAGCUUGGAAUGACGCAGGCCUUUUCGGGUUCUCGGAUCAAAGCACAAAUGGGUUUGACUCGGCAGUGAGUGGACCGUAUUUGGGCUUUAAUACUUACGAGUUUGUGCAGCACAGCCCACUCUUUGGGAGGGUGCCAUCGGUUCCUGAUACGGUAACUGACGGGUUUGAUUUGGGUUCAUCGUCGGGUUACUUCUUUUAA